CUGGAACGGUUUAACAUUUUAAUCUUCCUGCUGGAGAGGAAGUUCAUGCGAUCGUAAUUAAAGAUACCAUCGUAAAUCAACGAUUUCACGUCUGCAUUUUCCUAAUUUGGCGAAGCAGACUAGGAGAAGAAAUUCGAAGAAAUAACCACUUGUGAAGAUUGAAAGAUGACAAUUCAGUUCUUCAUUAGUGGUAUGUAUUUUUGUGUUAUGUAAACAAAACAAGUUCAACUCUAAUUUGUGUUUCACAUCUCUGGAAAACAUGGUUUGAUCUUUUUUAAUUUUAUUAUAUUAAUCAUAGCAAAAAACAUGUCGGCAUUAUGGUGCAUUGUGAUUCGAAGCUUCUAAAUCUACUAUAUUUUUAAGUUCACUGUUUGACUAAUUAUUUUAAGCAGUAUAAUCGCUGACGUCGAAGAAAGGAAAAGAGGAAAUUGAAAGUGAGAGCCUUAUCUUCAUGUUAUUUACCUGUGUAGGUGAUCUUUUCUCCAAUAGAGAAAUACAUCAUUCGCGUUCUGUCGCAUUACAAACUUAGAUGCUAACUUCAGAGCGUGUUAAUUUCGUCACGCAACACGGAAGUUGUCCCAUUGUGAGUAACGCAAACAACUAGGGAAUACCAUCGUUUAGGUAUAUAUGCGUCAAUGCGAUUUCCUUCUCAUAUUUCUGGGAUUUGCAUGCCUGCCUGAGCGAUCGUGUAGGGAUAGGGUGACAGUGUACAUGCUAUAUAUCAAUCCCAAAGCCUUCACCACCACCCCCCCCUCCCUCCCUCCCUCCUUACCUUCCUUGGUUCUUGAAGGAAUGCUCUCUGUUCUUGAUUGACUUGCUGUCUGGAUGUUUUACAGGUAAAUGGAAAGGUUACUUUGUAGACAACAGGUAUUCUGCUGGAGGGCCAGCCAACAACAAGUGGUACAUGGACAUCAACAUGGCUUUUGAGAAUAACCACCAAUUCACUGCAACUGGGAGUGAUGAGGUUGGUGACUUCAAUUUUGAGGAUGGAAAAAUAACAGGUAGGUAGAAGAAUUAUUUCAGUUAGUUUGAUCUAGAAUAAUUAAAAUACAUAGCUCAAAAUCUUCCUUUACUGAUCUUAAAUAAAGAUAUCAGGUCUCCAUACCUACCCAUGAUCCUGUAUUGUGUGUGACUGUAAUCUUGUGCAAGGUAUUGUAAUAACCCCCAAUCCUCACCCUUGCCCAACCACAUCUCACAGAAGGAAACUCAAGUCAAAAGUUAUGUAUCAACAUGGACUCUUGUGUGGAAUUCUGCACUGUUUCAUAAGGUAAUCUCCAUAUGAUGGUAUUUUUGUGCACAAAUUAAAGUACAAUAUGAGAUAAAGAGACUCAGCUUCAAAGGAAUUCAUGGAAAAGGGUUGUGGUGUUUGAAAACUGAAUCAUCCCUUACAAUGUACAUAGUGACUUGAAAACUUAUUUUGAUAUUGCAAAAUUCAGCAGCAGAAAACAGAUAUAACAAGGUAAAGAUUGGAACUGUGGUGUACAACCCAAAACUAAUUAAAAUUCUUUCUUUUAACAUUGAAGUUUGAAAUAUGGAAAUUGAAAAUUUACCAUAGUCAAGAGCUGUAACUUUUAAGUUCUUUCCCCUUCCCCCUGCCCACUCGUCAAUUCUCAGAGGAAAGAGCCAAUGAGAACAGUACCAUGUGACUUCCUUUCGAUUCCAGUCAGAGGUGAACUUUUCAUUAUUGUUAUCUGGAAUAAGUUUACCUGCAAAUGUCACUGGAACUAGCAAUAAUUGUCUAUUACUGUGGUUACUGGUGAGGUUUAAAAAAAGGCUUCUCCAAAUUUUACUUUCAGAUGGCAAAGUAACAUUCCGCAAGGCAUACAAUAGUCACAAUGUGUAUUAUGAAGGUGAAAUAAAGGGAACAAAGUUGGAAGGUCAGUGGUGGCUUGAGGAUGCCCCUUCUAUCAAGGGUGAUUGGGCAAUGUGGCCUGCUACAAGUGCAGAUAUAUGA